AAAUAACGGGUGCGCGUGGGGUGCCAUUGGCCUCUAACCAGGCGUGGAUCCGACCAUUUGACCCAUGCUGUGACUUAACUGCGAAGAUGUCUUUAAAACUACCUCGAAACUGGGACUUCAGCACGUUUAAGGAGACGACACGGAUAGCUCGCUCCAAGAGUGUGUUCCCUGGGGACAGUGGACAAGGCGGGGGGUCUCCGGGAUCCCCCACAUCCAUGGAGAGGCCACUCAAGUCGGGAUGGCUCAAGAAACAGCAGAGGUCCUUAGUGAAGAACUGGCAGCAACGCUACUUUGUCCUGAGAGGAAGCACCUUGACCUACCAUAAGGAUGACAAGGAGAGCACUGUGCAGGGGAUGAUCCAGCUGCGCUUCAGCAAAGUCAAUGAACUGCCUCCAAAUACAGACGAUGCCGCUGGGAAGUAUCUGUUCGAGAUUGUUCCACGACCCAAGGGGGACAGAGAGAGAUGUUCACAUGUGCUUAUGGCAAGCUCCCAAGGCGACAUGGAGGAGUGGGUCCGCACACUGCGCAGGGUCAUCGGAGCGCCUACUAGUGGAGUGUUUGGGAAAAGCCUGGCAGACACAGUGGCCUACGACCAAAGGUUCGGUCCUCAGAUGGUGCCCAUCCUGGUGCAGAAGUGUGUGGAGUUCAUCCAGGAGCACGGGCUGAGCGAGGAGGGCAUCUUCAGACUCCCGGGACAGGACAACGCAGUCCGGCAGUUUAGAGGGGCCUUCGACGCCGGGGAGAGGCCCUCAUUCCCCAGUGACACAGAUGUCCACACGGUGGCGUCGCUCCUCAAACUCUACCUCCGUGAGCUGCCAGAGCCUGUAGUUCCCUGGACCCAGUACCAGGACUUUCUGGACUGUACCAACAGCCUGGACUCUCCUGGCCAAACGGGAUGGGAGAAAUUGGAGAAACAAAUUGCUCUCCUCCCUAGAGUGAACUAUAACCUCCUCAGUUACAUCUGCCGGUUCUUGUUUGAGGUCCAGAUGCACUCGAAAGUUAAUAAAAUGAACGUGGAGAACCUGGCAACAGUGAUGGGCAUCAACCUGUUAAAGCCGCAGAUCGAGGACCCCAUUACAGUCAUGAAAGCAACUCCUCAGAUCCAGAAAUUGAUGACGGUCCUGAUUCGACAACAUGAGGCGCUGUUUCCCACCUCUAAAGACGAGCUCCCCUCUCCUCCUCCAAACAAGGCCGACAGCCAAAAGAACGCUCCUCGCAGCUUUGUGGGAUGGGAGUCUACGGAGGUAGAGCUGUCUACAGAGCUCUGCGACACUUCUCUGUCUGAGUCCCCAGAGGAAGAGGAGGAACAGGACAGUCCCGGGCCCCUUAGAUCAACCAACUCCAAGCUAGAAUUUUUACCCAGUACCCAGGAGUGCAUGGGAUCCCCCCGCAAACGCACCCAAACCCUACCCACGUUUAACUGCCCUCUGACAGGGAUGGCAGCCAAAGCAGAGGCCCUGAAUCGCUGGAGCCGUAUACAAGAGAACAUAGAGGAGAAGAGCGGGACGUUUUCUGAAGAUAUCUUUAAAAUCUUGGACCUCAAAUCUUCCGGGUCGUUGUUCAAGACGACUACGCUGAGUACUAAGGAGGAGGAGGAGGUGGGGUCUAAACACAGGAGAGGCAGUGACCAGGGGUUCAUAACUAUUGCAGAAGAUGGCAAGGUGAAACGCCAAAGUGACUGUGUUGAAAAGCCUGUUCAAAGCUCGGCGAAUCAGAAUAGUGAUGAGAAACCAAAAGUUACAAAUCAGGAAACCAGCAAAUGUGAAGUAAAGACAGACGGAACGCAGCCGGUCGACUGUGUGAAGAAGGAGAACCAGGAGCUGAAGGCGACUGUGGCUGAGCUGAGGUCAGAGCUGGAGGCAGAGCGCCGCCGUGUGGCCGCUCUGGAGAUCUGCCUAAAAAACGCCGAGCGAAGCAGAGACGAAGCCCAGCGGAGGAACCUGGAGCUGCAGAACGACGUUCAACGGUUUCUCACCAUGAAAACACCUCCAUAAAGUUAGGACAAACUGGUCACUGUUAGACUUGAGAAAAGUGAAAUUAUUCUUCUAUAGAAAACAGGAUUCUUUUGGAGGAAAAUCUGCAACACAUUCAUGAAGAUGCACUGGCAAAACGAAAUAUGGAACAAGUCUUUUAACUGAUGUUAAAAUACAUUUCAGAAUGAUUAAAAGCUGUCACUAUGAAUGUUAUUUCGCUAUUUUGUACUAGGAGCAUUUGUGUCAUACAGUGUCACAAAACAGUGAACACUUAGUGCUUACUACAGAAGCUUAAAAUAUCCACUGGUUUACCUUUAGGCUCCUGAUGUGUGACGUCCCUUGUUCAGAUGGGGACCUGGAGCUUUUAUCUAGUCUUGUAGCUUGAUUUAUUUUAUAUUUUUUUCCCUUUUUAUUUUUUAUAGUCUUUUUAAUGACAUACAUUAUCCUUAAUGAAGGCAAUUACUUUCAAGUUGGAAAAAUAUAUCAAUGAUCCAAUACAUUUUGUCAAUAUGGUGUAUCCCUAUUAGAAACUUUCAUUUUCUUAGCCAUACCACAAAAAAGGAUAUUAUCAAUAGACAUUUUUCCUGCUGCUAAUCUCUGUUUAAUGCUACAAGCCUAAAACAUUGUGAUGUCAUCUGAAAGUCAAAAGUGGUAAAAGGCUUGUUUGUUACUUUGAAGCUGUGGACAAUGAACUGAUGGCUUUAAACUCUUCUGUGAGUAUAAAGACCUCACUAUGUGAACGGAUUUGAACUAUUGUGCAACAUCCUGGCAUCUUUGCUGAAACUUGGACACAUGAGAGGAAUGCUUGAAGUCUGUUUGAAUAAUAGGUUGUGAAUGUUUAAAUGGUUUAGUUGAAGUGUUAAUAAAUUAUAUAUUUAAUUUCCUCGUGCAUAUUUAAAGUGUGUAGUUUUAUAGUGGUGGCGUGUCACCUGUAUGAUUCCCUAAAAACAGAAAGUUAAAACCAUACUUUGGAACAUUCUCCAUGAAGGUUAAUACAUUUUCUGCCAUACUGUGGAAGAUUGUGGCUAAAAAGUUAUGCAGUAGGGCUUUAAAGGCGCAUUAUGCAACUUUUCUGGUCAUCUGCUUGUCUCCAUGGAUGUGUUAAUUGUGUUGCCUGAAAUGUUUCACUGUGCAAAAUUAAGCUUGUAUCUAUUCAGUAACAUUUAUUGCUAAAUAUACAUGAUGGAAGACGUGCAUUUUCACCGUGUACAGGCUCCCUUCUCCACAGAUCUACACAGUCUGGUGCUGUCAUUUGCUUGUCUCCAUGGAGAUGGACAAGUUUUUUUUGCCAGACUGUGUGACAUUCCAUGCAAAGCAAUAACAUAUCCCUGAUGACAGACCCUUAACCAGAAAAAUUGCAUAGUGAACCUUUAAAUACGGUGUUGCGUAAGAAGCAGAGGGGGGAAUUUGACCUCAUCCCACAAAAAUUUAAAUAAAUAUGAUUCAAAGGGGGACUUUUAGUUUCAGUUUAGUUUUAAUUUCUGUAUCCACAUAUUUUUGCCACCAUGUAACUUGAUCAAUCUCAUGUUUGUAACUUAAGGGUCUGGAAAUCAUUUUAUUGUAACUAUGAUGAUGAGCAGAAUUAUAGUGUUACCUAAGUUUGUGCGUGAGGAUCAUUUCUGCUGAGAAAGUAAUUUAUCCGCUUGGCUUUGUGGGCCAAAUUCACUGCAAUUUAUGGGAAAAGGUUACAGCAAAACAUCUGGAUAAAAACUGUUCAGUGUGUUUUAUGGUAAGAUUUCACUCCAAGAAGAAGGACCAUGACCUCAUAACAGACCAAACUGAGUCAGCAUUAUGUUUUAGUUUGAACUUUCAGCCGCUCCAACUUAGUCCUUUCUGCUGUGAUUUUUCCCCACAACACAAAAACAACUGUUUGGGAUAGUGUCAUGCAGUUGUUUAUUAUUAGUUCUCCAAUUUCUGAUUUCUAUUUGUUUGUCUUUUUCUGGUUCUUGAAAAUGCAUCAUGACAGAAUGAAGUGUGGUUUAAUGUGCAACAGCUGUUUUCCCAUGAUCCUGUGCAACAAUGUGUUUGAUUUGACAAAAAUAGGUGACAGUUGCUUCUGUAUUGGUUAAAGGUAACUGUCUGAAGGUGGAAUGUUACCUGUAUGACUCUAUGG